CUCAUGCUCGCAUGCAGUUGUUUUUCGCUCCCCGCUUCUGACGUUAUCUGCUUACAGGUUCACAAUGGAUGAGCUUACUCAAGCCCUGUCAACCACUUUUGCCGUAUCCAGGGAACCUAACUCUACAUCAGCCCCACACCCCCGUCUGGCCCAGUACAAGAGCAAAUUCAGUGUGCUUGAGCAGACUGAGCGACGGAAGCGUUUUCUGGACCUGCAAAAACUGAAGAGGUUGGACUACGUUAACCAUUGUCGGCGUUUGGCAGACGGGGACUGGACAGAGGCAGACAGUGAGGAAGAGGAGGCAGAGGAAAAGAAGAAUGAGCAGCAGCCCCAGAAUGAUGCAGAAGAUGAGGGGAUGGAAAUUGAACAACGGAAGAAGUUGCCAAAGUACUAUGCUAACCAGUUAAUGCUGUCAGAGUGGCUGGUGGAUGUCCCUGCAGAUUUAAACACAGAGUGGGUCCUGGUGGUCUGUCCAGUGGGGAAACGUUCACUCGUUGUUGCCUCCAAGGGUUCUACUGCGGCGUACACAAAAAGUGGAUACUGUGUGAACCGCUUCCCCUCUCUGCUCCCUGGUGGAAACAGGCAUAACUCUUCAAUGGGAAAAGAUUACACAAUCCUUGACUGCAUCUAUAAUGAAGUGAACAGGACCUACUACAUUUUGGAUGUAAUGUGUUGGAGAGGACACCCAGUCUAUGACUGUCCUACGGACUUCCGGUUCUACUGGUUGCAAUCAAAGGUUCAAGAAGUGGAGGGUUUAUCUGAAAUUGCCAAACGUAAUCCUUUCCGUUUCGUGAGUCUUAACAGUGCUGACUGCUCCACAGAGUCCAUCCAGCUGGCCUUGGCACAGGACUACCCUUUCAGUGUAGAUGGCCUCCUCUUCUACCAUCGUCAGACACACUACACCCCUGGCACCACCCCUUUAGUUGGCUGGCUAAGACCCUACAUGGUGGCGGACAUUCUGGGCAUUGAAGUGCCCCAAGUUCCUCUGACUAUCAAGCCAGACUAUGCAAGUCAUCAGCUUCAGCAGAUACGAAUGCACAAAAAGACAUCGUCAGAGGUCCGACCGGCUGACCAGCAAGGCCGCUAUGAACUGGAGCAUCUCUCAACACCUGAGACUGAAAAGGAGGACCCCGUCAGCAACCACAGAGAAGCCCACAUGGAGAGCUGAGUGCAGUCUUUUCAAUGACUGUAGGAUUACUUGGAAGACAAGAGUUUUCACAUUUGGCUGUAUUUAAGUGGGUUCCAAUCUGUGCAUGGGGGAACCAAGCAUAGUGCAGCUUUCAUGAGUUGACCAUGAAAGCAACAUUGAUGUAAAAGCAAUCUUGCUUAUGCUUAUUGCUUGAUUAGUCAAUUCCAUUGUAAUGAUUGGCAAGCUAUCACUGUUAGGCUGCUUUGAUGGUUGAAUGGCAUUGAUGGAGCAUUCAGUGUCUGAUUGGAUCUGUGAAUUGCUUUUGGAUGAUUUGGUUUUUCAGAUCGUUAUUAAUGAAUUUUAUGUAUAACUUUUAGCUUGGACAAACUCCUCACCAACUGCACACUGAGCAGAUUCUACAAGUAAACAUUC